AUGUGCCGGUGGCUGCGAGUAGAAGACGAGACCACCUUCAUCUGCGGCCUCGGAAUCAGAAACCGCUGGCUCGUCGCCUUCUUCGCCUCUCUUCAGCUUCUCGUCGCUGCCGUCUCCUUCGCCCAGCAUGUCUACUCCGUCAUCAACUUCAAAAAGGUUAUUCGUUUUUCUGUAUCCAAUUUCUUUUGAUAGAGGAGUAAAGAAGGGAAAAUUCGGAGUCUUUUGUGACAAAUCUCCAAUUUUGAGUUCCAUCAAAAUCUCAGAAAUCAAGUCUUUCGCAAAUUCGUAGAGAAAACUGUUUCCAAAAAGCUCGAAUUAGGAAAAUGGAUGAGUUUGAUCGAAAGAUAUGCCGUUAAUUUUCAGAUUUUCAUGUGCUCGUUCAACGAGUCGAUAUCAGACUCCGGUCAGUUUCUGCAGCAUGACGUCAUCAUUUUCGAUUUCGGUCUUUUCAACGAACUUAUCAAGGUAUGUUCCUUUUUGGGACAUGGCCUGAACCAGGAAAUUCGAGGUUGACGAGUGCAUAGCCAACUAUUUGGACGGCGGCUACAUGCGCUGUCUUUGGUGUCUGGGCCAAGUGUUUGCAUUGGCUCUGACGAUUGGUAAGUAGGCAUAAUUACCUUCUCGAGUGAGCCAGGAAACACUCGGAGAGUUCCAGGUACCUGUGCAUUUGUCGCCAAACCGCACCCGUUGCUGUUGUGGCCGGCGUUGAUCAUGCAGAACGCCUACUGCUUCGGACUCGUCAUUUUGACUAUCGCCACAGCUGAUAAGGUCCAUUUCGAAGCUACCUUUUCAUUCUUUGUUUGAGCUGGUUAAACGGAUAUUCAUAACAUUCACAAUCAAAAUCCAUAAAGCAGUAGUCAUGAAAUAAAAUAAACGAAAACGAAGAAUUGAACAUUUUUCUAACGCAGCCGUUUUUUAAAAAUUGAAAUUGACGGUAGUGAGUUUUUCAUUGUAGCGAUUUUCCCUCUUCAUAACAUCCAAAACUUUUCAAGAAUUUUUCGCAUUUUAAAAAUAGCGAAGAAGAGAUUAGAAGAAGUAUGUUGAACAGAAAUAACCGAUUAUUGAUGAGGUAGAGAAGUGUUAUAAAAAUCAUAAUGAAAAAGAAAGACUCUUAAAAGUACAAAAUUAUUUUAAAUUUUCGAUCAUCACUAGGCUGUUUCCGUAUCUCUAACUCCGUAGAAAUACUAAUUAAAGGUUAUCUGAAGCGGGAGGCUCUUUGAGAUUCAAACCGUGGUAUCUCAGAACCAUUGAGAAAGGUUUUUUUAUUAUAAGUUUUUGCUGCGAGAUGAAAAGUGUGAAGAGUUUCAAUCACAUUUCUUGUGAAUAAUCUGGUCUGGUGAGAUUUAUUGACCAAUGCCCAGCGAAUUUCGAUAAACGUAUUGAUAGGAAUGAGUAAUUUUUUAUUACUUAAAAGACCACUGUUCUGGUUGAAAAUAAAAACGUGUUUUUGGUUUUUGGUCUAGCUCAUCAAACUGUUUAUAAAGGGAUACUGGUUCAAUGAAAAGUUAUUUUCGAAUGAAAAGGGAGAGGCACCCAAUAUUCCUCGUGAAGCUGAUCUUACUGAUCGUGAAUGAAUAAUGGAACUUGCAGCUUUUGGUGGCGAUCGUGCACCCGAUGAACGCCCAUCUCAACCUUCUCAUCUUCUAUUUCGCCGUCGGAACCUGCAUGAAUCACCUCUUCGACUACAUACUCUGGCAUUACUACUGGCACGAGGAAUUCCAGUACAUAGGCCGCACCGGCAAACACGUCAUUCCGUUCUGGGUCUAA